AUGAUCCUUCCCGGCCCCAUUCAUGGAUUCUACGUCUUUGGCGUCCGCAAGAAGUUCGAAUCCUUGGCCAAAGAAGUCCUAAAAAACCUGGCAGCCUUUUUGAUCUCGUAUCUGGAACUCUGGAAGGAUUUGGCGCACCAAAGGAAACGCACCUGGCUGUGUCUGGACCAUUAUAACCGCACAGUUUCGGAUGCCAUGACAUGGGACCAGGCAACACACAAGGCUCAGUCGGAAUAUGACCGGAAUGUGGAGUUACAUGAACAAGUUGAGAAGGACAACAAUGGGUGGAUCGAACGCCUUUUUUAG